CUCGAGGAUAUAUAAGCGUGGUGGACCGGCGUGCAAGGCGGGCCAAUAUUCUAUCACGGUAUUCAGGACACGGAGACAGACGCCAUGGACAACAGGGCUUAUAUUGCGGACCUGUCUGGUCAAGAUACUAUCACAUUUCACGAUCUCGAGCAUUGCACAGAGGGAGCGUUGUCAGCUAUUCCCGGCAUUCAUUACCUGCCAGACGGAGCGAGCAACAAUGUCCUUGGCAGCAAGCAUGUCAAGCCCUUCAAUAGAGGGCAUAAUGCUGCAGUGAAAGCUACAGACCUUCUCAAUCGCCAUGCAAAGAACGCAACAGCUUCAACACAAGCGACGAAAAGCGGAUUAUUCGCCGGACCACCACCAGAAGCAGGACACAGCGACAGCAUACACGACUCCGUUCUCUGGUUCGAGAAGAUUCAAUUCCAGCACAAAGACACUAGCUUGACCUCCACGCAUUAUCUGCACUUUUCGAACCUGAGCCUAUUACCCCAGGACGUGGCAGACAUCACGAGUAUCAACAUCAUAACCGGCAUAUGUCUUUUCACCAGCAGGGUUCUGGCGUCGAGCAUCCCGAGCAAUGAGCAUGGACUCAACAUUUCCGCACUCGAACAUACAGAGCCAACUAUCUACGAACUGGACACGAUCGCUCGAGUCACCCCGGCUAUUGCGGAUUUAGUAGCCCUACUCAGCACGAAUCAUGAGCAUGGAAAUUGCCGCGAGUCCGGAUUCAAUGGUUCGCUGAAUGUAUCCCUCGAUAUCCCCAGCUUCCACUACUAUCAUACUGUCGAGCAGCGCCUAAAGGAUGGACUGUGUACGUUUCCAGAGGCUAUACGAUGGAUGGACGCGGUUGAGAAACGACAUUAUCAGAUUAGCCGUGUGUUUCGGCGAUAUAUCCAACAUGAAUUGUUACGUCGCGGACACCACGAAACACAUAUCCAAGUAUCCUCUUCCGGAACCGCGGGCUUCGUGUGCCAUAUCCUCCAGAAGUCAUUGAGAGAAGGCGUGCUCGUGUCACUGGACCAUGUCUUGCAGCGGAUAAGCGCCUACGAUCCCGUCUGGAACAGGUUCUUCGAACUUAUCACGGAGAAAGAAGAGCCUCGUGAUUUCCAGAGCCUGGGGUACCUUUUCUAUGUGUACAAUAUCGCGCGACCAGCUCUACUACACGACGAGAUCCUCGAUUCCCCGAAACCAAACCCGCUCCUCAUCAGCAUAGACGACACCAUCGAGCGUCGAAUCUACCACCGUGCACAGCAAUUACUCAAGAAAGUCCGCGCAAUGCCAGAGUACCCAGUUACGCCCAACUUACUGGAAAUAUACCCUAGUCGCCGCGUGUUUAUGGACAAAAAUCAGACGAAGAUGUGUUUAUAUCGCCAUGAUCCAUCGCCGGAGAGGUUGGAUGUGCACUCGUGUAAGUGUCGAAGGGUACUUGCAACCAUUGUGGAUGGAAAUGGAUGUGGAGUGCAGGAUGGUCAAGUUAUGUCGCGGACUGGGGACAAGGGUGGGAUGGAUGCGUCUGGUGUUGUGGAUAUGCUUUUCGGAGUUGAUGCUGGUACUGUGCUGCGGAAGAUUUGUGUGGAGGAGGGAUUGAUAUCCUAAAUAGUUACAAAAUCAGAACAGAAUGACAGGAG